UUUCUUUUGACGUAAGCUAAGCUAAGCUAAGAUUCUGUUCGUUCUAUAUUUACGGAAAAAGAAAUAAAAGGUUUAGUUCUUGUUCUUCAUAUCUCUCUCUCAUGUGACUCUCCUUCAUCUUUUCCAAACCCUUCCAUUCUAAUUCUAAUACCUGCACACAAAAAAAGUAGCAUAAGUACUUAAAGUUCAAUCAAAUACUAAAAACAAAAAUAGAAAAUUUUAUUAUUAUUUAAUAAAACAGAGAAAAAAAAUGUCUUGGCUCUUCAACAACUCCAACAACCCUCCCACAGAAUCUUCUAAUCUUCACCGCACCGCUCCACCGCUUUCCACCGCCGUCGAUCACGGCGUCAAGGAAGACCUCUCUCUUAUUUUCCGCGGCGUCGCUAAUUUUCUCGCUCCGCCUCCUUCGUCUUCUUCAUCUUCUUCUUCUACUACCUCUUCCACCGUCGAGUCUACGCCGCCUUCGAAAACUCUCACUGGAAUACGGAACGAUCUCGUGGAGAUCGGAGGAAGUUUCAGAAGUUCGCUUUCUCUUCUCUCGCCUAGAAAAGCUGUCACCGGAAUCUCAAAGUUAGCAUCUCAAUUGUUGCAGUCCGAGCGUGAUCAAGAAGAAGUGCCUGGAACUUCGGAUGAAGUUGUUCGUUUCGUCAAGGAAAUUUCUACACGGCCUGAGUGUUGGACUGAAUUUCCCUUUCCACUCCAUAAUGCAGAUUGCAGCCUAUCCAAUUCUCAGAGAGAACAUGCACUGGCUAUUGAACAACUGGUGCCUGAAUUUGUUACACUCAGAAUGAACCUUUGCAGUUACAUGAAUGUGGAAAAGUUUUGGAUGAUCUAUUUUCUAUUAAUACUUCCAAGACUUAAUCAGCAUGACUUUGAGCGCCUAUCGACCCCCAAGAUUGUUGAAGCAAGAGAUGUUCUUCUACAAAAACUUGAAGAGAGGAAAGAUAUGCAGGUCGGAGAAUGCAGUAAAUCAGGUAUUGCAGAUAUACAUCAAGAGGGUAGGGAGGACAGUGGAACAGAAAGUAUCACAUUUGAUCAAAACCAGAUAUUGACUGACGUUACAAAUGCAGCAAAAGGUUUAGAAAUUGAUGACACGGUCAAUAGUGAAAAGUGGUUGACAGAUACAGAUAUAGAUGCUAAUUCAUUGGCUUCCUGUACAAAACAUCAACACGAAGAGGACAUCUCAUUCAGUGACUUAGAGGAGGAUGGAAGUUAUAGUUCUGAUAAUAGAUUAUCAAGCCAUGGAGAGGCCAUCAGGGGUUCAUCGCCUGAAGGUUCAGGUGACUGGGUUCGGCUACGUGAGCGUGAGAGAGGUGACCGGCAGAAAGCUAUCCGUUUGAAAGGUAAGGAUUCUGAAGACGAGUCAAAUGAUUGGCUCGCUGUUGACGGGUUUAAUUAAAUAAAGGUUUUCUCUCUACUUGUGAAGGUACAGCAUUUUUUUUUUCUUCUUUUGGAUAGUUCUUUAUUUGUUUAGGAAUUCUCAAUUCCUUUAUAUUAAAAUGUUUCUGAUAGUUUAAUUAGAAAAUUUCCAUUACUGAGAAUGUGAUGUCAUAGUUGUAAAAUAAUUUAUACUAUGGUCACUUCCAUUAA